AUGUCCGAUCAAGAACAACCUCCCACCCCUAACCCCGACUCAACAACCACAAAAUCUCCUGCCAACCAAGAACAAACCCCUCCAUCCUCGGAACAAGACCAGGACCAAAACAAACAACCCAAAGAAAACGACACCAAGCCCGAAGAACCCGCCAAUAAACAAGAACAAGAACCAGACUCUAAGCCUGAGCCUGAGCCUGAGCCUGAGCCAGAACAACAAGAAGACGAAGCAGACCCAGAUCCAGAACCCCAACCCCAACCCCAACCCGAACGUCGCCGUCGUAGACCUCGUCCCCGCCCCCAAGAAUCAGAAACCGAAUCCAUCGCCCGCAGCGAAAUGGAACCAGACCCUAAACCCCAGCGACGCGUCCGUCGCCAGCGCCAACGCCAGAGCCAGUCACAAGAACAACAAAACGGCAGCGGCAAUCCGCUCAACGGACUCCCGGGCGUUGGUGGCGUCGACCAGACCGGCCAGCUCGUACAGAACACCGCGGGGAAUGCCGUGAACGGGGCGACUAGUAGUGCGGGCAAGGCAGUUGGCGGGAUUGUCGGCGGGGAGAAAAAGGAGGAAGAAGAUGGUGGACGGGAUGAGCAGCUUCGGUUGCGGUUGGACUUGAAUUUGGAUAUUGAGGUUCAGCUUAAGGCGAAGAUUCAUGGGGAUUUGACGAUUGGUUUACUUAAUUGA